AAGAGCUAAUUGCAGCUAACCCGAUUGGCGGUGAGCAAACGGAAAAUGCUUCGUGACAGCGGUAACCACUAUCCGGCAGCACCACCGCUUCCCCUGGCAUCCUGGCCGCCAGCUCCUGCACCACUGAGGACAUCACCGAGCCCUGUGGUUGCGACACGCGCCGGCCUUGCCAAAUGCGGCAUUCGAGGCGCUUCCAAGUAAACAAGCGCAGUUUCCGCGUCCACCUGCCCGGCACGUCCUGGUACGACAUUUUCGGGGACUACCGACCACUACCAACCCGACAUGGAGGCCAUCAUCCUGUCGACGCUGCCCUCAUUAACGACCAAUGCUUCUGGCAGCAGCAGUUACUGGCUAACAGGAGCGCUCUCCCUGCCCGAGAUUCUGGCCAACUCGAGCGGGAGUCCAAAGACAUCUUCGGCGGAUACGGGCUCAGGGGCCAGCGAUAGUGAAAGGCAUUUCAACAUCUCCGCGGAGGCAAGCAAUUACAGCUACUACCCUGGCUACAUCCACUACCGCGACAAGUACGACCUGAGCUAUAUUGCAAAGGUCAACCCUUUUUGGUUGCAGUUCGAGCCGCCACGUACGAGCACCUUUUUGGUCAUGGCCGCCCUGUACUGCCUCAUCUCGGUGGUCGGCUGUGUGGGCAAUGCAUUCGUUAUCUUCAUGUUUGCCAACCGAAAGUCACUCCGCACUCCGGCCAACAUCCUGGUGAUGAACCUGGCCAUCUGCGACUUCCUGAUGCUCGUCAAGUGUCCGAUUGCCAUCUACAAUAACAUAAAGGAGGGCCCGGCUUUGGGAGACGUUGCCUGCCGCAUCUAUGGAUUCGUGGGCGGACUGAGUGGUACGUGUGCCAUCGGUACCCUCACCGCCAUAGCUCUGGACCGGUAUAACGUGGUGGUGCAUCCGCUGCAGCCACUCCGACGCUGCUCCCGCCUCCGCUCCUACCUGAUCAUCCUGCUGAUCUGGUGCUACAGCUUCCUGUUCGCCGUGAUGCCUGCCCUGGACAUCGGACUGUCGGUCUAUGUACCGGAGGGAUUCUUGACCACCUGCAGUUUCGACUACCUGAACAAGGAGACACCAGCCCGCAUCUUUAUGGCACUGUUCUUCGUGGCGGCCUACUGUUUCCCUCUGACGGCCAUCGUGUACUCCUACUUCUACAUCCUGAAGGUGGUCGUCUCGGCCGGGCGCAUCCAGUCGAACAAAGACAAGGCCAAGACGGAGCAGAAGCUGGCCUUCAUUGUGGCGGCCAUCAUCGGGCUGUGGUUCCUGGCCUGGUCUCCCUACGCCGUGGUGGCUAUGAUGGGGGUCUUUGGUCUGGAGAAGCACAUAACGCCGCUGGGCUCCAUGAUCCCGGCUCUGUUCUGUAAGACGGCCGCCUGCGUGGAUCCAUACUUAUACGCAGCUACCCAUCCCCGGUUUAGGGUCGAGGUGCGGAUGCUCUUCUAUGGGCGCGGGAUCCUCCGCCGCGUCUCCACCACCAGAUCCUCCUAUAUGACCCGCUCGCGGUCCUCUUUCACUCACCGCCUGCGCACCACCAGCGGCGAGGGGGCGGACGGCGGGUCGGGCCGGGAUCAUCGCAUGGAGACCUACCUGAUGAACAACAAUCUGAUGAUGGUCCCCGAGGAGACGGAGGAGAACGAAGAGAUCGUCGUCGUGGCCGAGAUCAAUAAUUCAGUGAGUAGUGCCAUCGAGCAGAGUAAGUUCUGAAGGGAAUUAUCAGUUAAUUAUGUUUAAGUAUAUAUAUAGUGAUUAUAUAGUUAAGAUCUUGGUGUCCCUAACAUAAUUGUUUGCUUUCCUGUCUUGAUAGUUUAUAAGAAAUAUUAUAUUUGUUCUUAUAAGUUAUUUUUUAUUCGGAAUAAUUUAUUCUUUUGUAUUCCUAGACUGUAGAAAAUAUUUAAAAGAAAAUCUUGGCUUUCUCAUAUCAUCGUUUUCGAAGCCAAAUUGAUUAUGUUUGUGGGGGAACCCGAAUUUAUUGUGUUGUCUAAUUGUUAACUCGAAUAAAGCUACUGGAGAGGGGUGGCCAUACAAAUAGGAUAUAGAAUGAACAGCUUAGGGCUGAAGGACACUCAAAGGACUUGGGGGAAAACCAAAAUAAUAAACAGAAAUGAAGCAGGGAAUUCCCUGGCCAGUGAUAUAUAGUAAACAUAUAAUGAGCUUACAGCACGAUUGAUGUGAGUGAGAGAGAGAGAAAGCAAUAGACAAACAGAGAAAGAGGGGGCUAGUGAGCCGGCCUAGGUCCGAAUUAGUACAAAGGAUGUGUGGAGGAGUGGCAGGAUCGAAAGGGCCAACGGGGUAAUUCGAUAGCAAACUAAUAAAUAAUUUCAGUCAGGACAAAUGAUGAAGGAUUAGGAUUUGCAUUUGGUUUGCAUUGUAGCUUGGUAUUGGGAAAUGCCUUUAUAUCGAAUGUUUUGCAAUGGCAGCGCUUAGACAAAUUAAGAUCCAUUCAAUGUACUCUAAAGAAAAACAGAAAUUAUUGUACCAAAUAUUAAGAUAAGCCAACGACUCUGAUAGAGUCAACGAGUACUUGUACCUGCGAGGAUAAUACGAGGGAGGAGCCAUCGAGUAUUCCAACUAAUUGUAAGUCGAAACAUAUAACGAAUUUAUACUCUUGUUGUAGAUGCAUCGUUUUUGUAAAUGUACAUACGUUUAAUGUCACUCGAAUCGGGGAAUAAUGGGACGGAGAACAAUGACAGCGGCAGAUGAAUGAGUCUUGGCCAGCAUUUUAAUUACCAGAAUACAAAAUUUAAGCCAUUGUUGGGACAAACUAAUAUAGACGUAUACAAGUAUAUAUAUUUCCUUGGCAGCGUCGUGCAAGAACAAUGGCCACUGCUGUUUGUAAUUGUGCUCAAAAUAAAAUUGCACAAAAAACUGUUGUUAGAAAAAAAAGCAGAACAAAAAUACCAGAUACAAGUGGACGACGACGCCGAGGAAAGGGAAAACCCAUUUAAUUAGCAUAUUUAAGAUGCACUUUGACAGAAAUUCUCUGUUCGCCUGCAUUGUGUGUGUUUCACUUAAGCAGCUUGUAUUCCAAUUAGUUUAACUCGGUAAUUGUUUGUGUUAUGCUAGUUUUUGUAAUGCAACCCCAGCCAUGCCAAAUAAAUGUGUGAAGUUGCAACAAA